AUGUCUUCAAAGAUCGGACUCCGUCUCUUCCAGAGUUCAAGAACCGCCUUUCAGAAUGCGACUGCUCGCUUCAGAGCCCAGGCUCUUCGAGCUAGACGAUUUCAGAGCACAGAGGCCGGAGCAGCCCAACAGAGCUUCCUGCAGCGGUCGUGGAACAGUCCCAUUGGAAUUAAGACGGUCCAUUUCUGGGCACCUGUUAUGAAGUGGGUUCUCGUUUUGGCUGGUCUCUCUGAUCUGGCCCGACCUGCUGAGAAGCUUUCCCUCACUCAAAACGGCGCGUUGAUGGCGACUGGAGCAAUCUGGACCAGAUGGUGCCUUAUCAUCAAGCCUAGAAACGUCCUCCUUGCUACUGUCAACUUUUUCGUUGGCUGUGUUGGCUUGACACAAGUGACCCGAAUUUUCCUUUAUAGGCGGUCCCUAGACGGUUCGGCCAAGGAGGCCGUCAAGGAUAUGACCCACGAGGCUACGGAUUCUGCUAAAGCGGCUAUUCACAAGGCAGAAGCGGCCGUGAAACAGCAAUAG